UCAGUUUAGCGCAAUCACGAACCUAAUGAGGUUUCCAAGUUACAUCCCGAGUUGAUUUCAAGUCCCUUUGGGUUAAUUUGAUUGCAUUAACUGUGUUGAGUCAAACGCUCACAAGAAAAAAAACGUCGUGAUCUAAGAAAACCGACCGGUAUUUUGGUGGUUUUCUACAAGUCCAUAAGUUUUUUUAUCGCAACCGACUGACAUCAGUUUUUCGUGGUUUGGAAGUAUUCUUUUAUCAUUCCUUAUCAUUACGUUUCGAUAAAUGUUAACCCAGUAAACCAUCCCCACCUUUAACUUUUCAUUUUUCCACAGAAGCCAGCUUUCUAAAUUAAUUUUGCGUUAUUUCUCGUACGUUUACCAUCAGAUAAAUUCGACAUCUCGAUUAACAUAGAAAUAUUUUACUUUUUCUACACGAUUUUUCGUCAUGCGUUUAAUCAUACAGUGCUCUUUUGUACUUAGCCUUUUAAUGUAUAAUUUUAGUGCUGUGCAAGGUCACUGCACUGUUUCGGUGAAAAAAGAUUUACCACCGAAAGUACCGCUGAUUUUAAAUUCUAACGGGCCAGGAUUUCGGUAUCCUGACAAUUCUGGGAUCUUCCAUUAUUCGAGAGGAGACCAAGUCCGACUUGUAUGCAAUGGACAGGAUAAUAGUUUUCUAAAUCUCAGUCGAACUUCUGCUGCGAGUGACGUAAUGGCCGAAUGUGUGCAGGACGAUUUGUUCAAAGUUCUCGGUGAAAAAAAGAAAUUCCAGGACUUGGGCUGCCGGAAUGCACCUUCGGAUGAGCAAAGAACUGUUGGCAGAUGUCAUCCCGAUUCCUACGUAAAAUACGAAAUAGGAUUCAGCUUUGGCGAUGAGUUUGAAAAGGUAAUCGAAGUUUGUCACGAUCCGGUGAAAGUUCUUACGGCUUAUAGUCGAUAUGAACUUGUCAAAGAGAUUGGCGUUACCUCGGGACGACCUAGAUCGUCUUUCAAGGUCAACAGGGAUCACAUUAUUGAUUACGAAGCUCAGUAUAAACGGAACGUACAGAUCGCCACGAUGGGGAGAAUCCUGGACUCUGCCUCCUUGGGGAUGGAGUACAUAAAAAAGACAGGAAAUAGUUACUUAGCACGAGGUCAUCUUGCUCCGAAUGCAGAUUUUCUUUACGACUUUCAAAAGCGAGCCACAUUUUAUUACAUUAAUCAGGAACCACAGUGGCAACGAUGCAACGCUCAAGCUUGGUCUUACCUUGAAAGCGCAGUUAGGAAAUACGCUAAUUUUUUGGAGAAAGACUUAAUCGUUUUCACUGGGGUCUAUGGAAUCGAUGGUCUACCUGACAUUAACAAUAUUUAUCGUGAAUUAUUUUUAUACUUUCCCAAUAAGGGAUCAAAGCGUGCAGCCAUACCUGUACCAAGAUAUUUUUGGAAAGUUAUUUACGAUCAGCACUCUCAAAAAGCCAUCGCGUUUGUUCAAGUGAAUACGUGCUGUUCGAACACCCUUAAUCCCGAGGAUCAACUUUGUGAUAAUCCAGUAACCAGUGAAAGAUGGGCAGGAAUUCAGGACUAUGAUUGUCCAACCUAUGCGUGCGAAGUCGAUGAGCUUAGAGAAAAAAUUACAAUCAUUCCAGACUUUAGAGUCAAGGGAAUCCUCGUUUAGAUAUAAUCAAAAUUAACGCUGCGGGGGGAAAAGUUUGAAAAUUCAAAAACAACAUUAUUAGCCGAUAAUUACGGUCGACAGGAAGGAGCGAAAUUACCCCAGGGAACCUAUCAAGGUUUGAAAUAUUAAUAACAUGCCUCUAACGUAUCUUUUGACUAUUAAAUAAAUGAUUUGAAUUAA